AUGAACAGUAAUACUCUGUCAUCGGCCGCAAACAUUGGCACUGGCUUUCCCUUCGAUUGUAUUUUCGCGAGUGAAGAGUGCCCGAAUGAGCACAUAAAAUUCUGGCUGUACAAAAACGCCACCCAAGGCGAACCGCUACUCUUGCACGCACUCAAUCUCAGCGCCACCGCCUUCGAGCCUCGUUGGCCUUUGAAAAUUCUCAUACACGGCUUUAACGGUAAUCAGCAUGCCUCACCCAACCAGGAAUCACGCCCAAUACUACUGCACACCCAGCAAGCGCAUGUCAUUUCGGUGGACUAUAGCAGAUUGACGCGCUUCCCCUGCUACUAUCCUUGGGCCACGUCCAAUGCGCGCGUGGUUGCACGCUGUCUAGCACAGCUUAUUGACCAACUAAUCGCCCGCGGCAUUUACACGGCUUCAGAUUUGCAUUUAAUCGGUUUUAGUUUAGGUGCACAAAUCGCUGGUUUGUCAGCAAAUUUUAUCAAGCAGCGCUUGCAACGCAUAACAGGUUUGGAUCCCGCUGGUCCCGGUUUUGUUACACAAAAUCUUAGCGAAAAGCUGGAUGCCUCCGAUGCAGAAUUUGUCGACGUCAUCCAUACGGAUCCGUUUUUCUAUUCAACUUUGGAUCGUAGCGGUCAUGUGGACUUUUAUCCUAAUUUAGAAAAAUUCUUUCAGCCUGGCUGCAAUUUGGUUAAGAAUGGGCGUAUUCGUAAUUGCAAUCAUUUUCGUGCGCCUCUGUACUACGCUGAAUCCAUUGGCAGUGAGCGUGGCUUUUGGUCCUAUAAUUGUGGCGAGUGGCUGGAGUUUGUGAUGCAGCAAUGUCGGCGUUAUGCAGAUGUGCCACACACGGUGAUGGGCUAUUUUGUGUCGAAAAACGCUUCAGGCUCCUAUUUUCUUCAAACAGAGGCGCUCGCACCAUUUGCCAAGGGUCCUAUUGUCGGUGUGGAACUCGAUACUAGUAAAAGUUCAACAAAUAAACCGAAUGGAGCUUAA